AAGUGAACUCCCGUCACGAAGCCUGAGCCCCUCCGCCGUCCCACGUCGACUCUGCAUUGUGAGUCCAACCUCUCAAAAGGUGUCCUCUCCUUUGACAUAUUUACGCGUUCCCUUGAUUGAUUAUGGAUGACCGAUGGACCUCAACGCCAUCAUGGAGCAGAAAGGGCUGCAAGCUACAGUAUCUAUAACUUGAUGAAAGUGUUCAGAACACUUUCAUCUUUCGGCAUGCAUAGAGCUGGUAAAAUCUCCCAAUUCCUCCAUCAACCACGACCGACCGAUACGGAGAGUAGUGUCGAUUGCACAAUAAGGCAUCAUGGGCCACCUUCUGUUUAUCUCCUCCUAGAAUUAAGACCACGUUGCCUCAGGUUACAGGGGUUCGCGCGAAGUAAAAGCACGACAAGAAAACGUAACGUGGUUGUGAGAACAGAUACUUGUAUAACUGCUCUGGUUGAGAGUGUGGAAGGCUUGGAGAACACAUUCCGGUUACCGUUUAUCAGAUUGAAGUUUGAUUGAAGUGGCCAUGGCGUCGUUCCGUGUUUCGUUAUAGCUGUUAUUUCUAGGGAUAAACUGCUUGUGAACCAAUAUUAUCUGCAGCAGCUGGCUCAGAUUAUGGCAG